GAAGAUAGUUUGAUAAGAAUAAAUUCCUCUAAAUUCUCAUUUAGGAUUCCCUCGAAAGAGCAAGGAAGAUAUCUGACAUUCAGACAGGGAAGAGUUUGUAUCGAUUCUUUAGGUAAACAAAUAGCUUUAUCUUCCGUCGGUAUAUACCGUUGUCAUGGUACAGGAGGAAAUCAGGAGUGGGUAUUAAAUGAAAAAAUUGGUACUUUAAGAAGCCCAUAUUCAAACUUAUGCAUAACGGAUGAUGAAAAGGGAACGCUUAUCCUGCAUCAUUGCAAUAUGACUAAGGGAAGAUGGAUUCUGGAUGAGACAAACGGAAGGUUGCUCAAAAAUGACCAGUGUACAGCUUUACUGUUGUCAAGUUCCCGUGAUCGAAAUAAUGUUCUGGUAUUAAUGCCAUGUGAUGUUACGGAUGAACGGCAACGUUGGAUAUUCGAGAGGCCUCCAGCAUUUUGA